UGUAAUAGAAGCAGCUGCAGACCGAUCGGGUGUUCUUCACCUCCAUCCAGACAGGGAAGGCCUAAACAAACCGAGUCAGUAACUAUUAGGCUGGACAGUGACAAGCUACGGUGGGAACGGAUGACAUUCCAGGUUGCAUCAGCCUUGUAACAGCUCCUUAUUAUGGGUUUCAUCAACCACUUUAAAGGAGGGGGACUCGAUUUCUGUCCACUGUGGUAGGGGAUCUGCCACCCACCCCACCUACACUGCCCUCACCUCACUUUUAUGCCCAUUAACAUGCAUCAAGGAGGCUCAAAGAGCCGGGAGCAACAGCCAAUGCAAGUGGCAUCCAGGAGUGUGAUCCUCAGCUGCAGGGAGGUUGACAGAAGAGCAGCCUUACUGUUCCAGCUGGUCCCCAGCUCUUGAUUCGGACUGUAUUUUAAAGACCACCUUUACUAAGUUAUUAUUCAUUAAAACCCCCGGCCACCCUGAUACCGAUCGGAUCCUGGAGCUGAAGAUGGAGUCGGUGGGGAAUUUUGAGUUCAGUAGGAAGGACCUGAUCGGACAUGGAGCCUUUGCUGUUGUUUUUAAAGGCAGACACAAAGAGAAACAAGAUUUGGAGGUUGCUGUAAAAUGCAUCAACAAGAAAAACCUGGCGAAAUCUCAGACCCUUUUGGGGAAGGAGAUAAAAAUUCUAAAGGAGCUGAAACAUGAAAACAUUGUUGCUCUGUAUGAUUUCCAGGAGUUGGCCAAUUCAGUGUACCUCGUUAUGGAGUAUUGUAACGGUGGGGACCUGGCUGAUUACCUUCAUACUAUGCGGACACUAAGUGAGGACACCAUCCGGCUAUUCCUUCAGCAAAUAGCAGGAGCCAUGAAGAUGUUACACAGCAAAGGUAUCAUCCAUCGAGACCUGAAGCCACAAAACAUCCUCUUGUCCUGUGCAGGAGGGCGCAGACUGAACCCUAAUAAUAUCCGAAUUAAAAUUGCUGAUUUUGGAUUUGCAAGAUACUUGCAGAACAACAUGAUGGCAGCUACUCUCUGUGGAUCCCCUAUGUACAUGGCUCCUGAGGUCAUCAUGUCUCAACAUUAUGAUGCCAAGGCUGACCUGUGGAGCAUUGGUACUAUCAUAUACCAGUGCCUGACUGGCAAGGCUCCAUUCCAGGCCAGCAGUCCCCAAGACCUUCGUCUGUUCUAUGAGAAAAACAAGAACCUCACACCAAACAUCCCAAGGGAGACUUCAUGUCACUUAAAGCAACUACUUUUAGGACUUCUACAACGGAAUCAGAAGGAUCGUAUGGAUUUUGAAGAGUUUUUUCACCAUCCAUAUUUGGAUGCAGGCUCCUCCAUGAAGAAAUCUGCUCCAGUGGCAAUGCCCUCUUACCCCAGUUCAGGUUCUGGAAGCUCUUGCAGCAGCUCUUCCACAUCACACUUGGCAUCACCCCCACAAUCCCUGGGAGAAAUGCAGCAGCUACAGGAGAAAGCAUUGGUCUCUCCCACCCCUGAUUCUCCAGGAUAUCUCCAAGGUUCUAAAGAGUCAGCGGGAAGCAGCAGCAAGAACUCUUCAUGUGACACAGACGAUUUUGUCAUGGUUCCAGCACAGUUCCCAAGUUCUCAAGGUGAUAUUGCAGAGGGAGCUACAGGCAAGCCUAUCCAGGAUACGUUAAUGUACAGUGGCUCUUUGCUGACAUCCACUGGCCUGGACAGUCGAGCUCGAACCCCUUCCCCGACGCUUCCAUACAGCUCCUCCCCCAGUCCAUCCAGACCAUCCCAGACAUCUAGCAGCAGAUAUGGUCAGUCAGUUCCCAUUCCUGUCCCAACUCAGGUCCACAAUUAUCGGCGAAUUGAGCAGAACCUGCAGUCACCCAAUCAGUACACACCACCCAGGUCUGGUGUUGUUCGGAAAUCGAGUAGUAGCAGUCCCCUCAAUUUCAUGAGAGCCGGCACAUCUCCUCCAUUCCCAAUAGAGACCGCCUCUGCACCCACAACAAGGAGGCUUUCAUUUGGCGGGGCUAAGCCAUACACCCCCUCUCCUCAAGUUGGAACUAUCCCUGAGCAGCCUGGGAGGAACGUGAGUUCAAGCCCAACGGGGCCAGAGCAUCGAAACAGAAGCCCUGUGUAUGGAAUUCCAGUCCCUGCACAGAGUUCUCGUGGGAUGGGAUCACGUCUCCACAGUGCACCUAAUCUCUCAGAUGUACAGCCAUGCAAGCAGAAAAUCAAAAAGCAGUACUCCGAUCCUGUAAUGCCCCAGGAUGUUCAUUCUCAACCCAGUCAAUUUCAGCAACUCCACAACCUGCAGUCGAACCGUCCUCUCAGGUCCUCCCCUAAACUUUCCGAGUUUAUGCAAAGAAGCCCACUACCUACUAUACUGGGGUCACCCACUAAGAGCAUUACCCCGUUUGAGUUUCCAAGAGGUUCCAGUUCCCAGAACUUGUUGACUCUCCUAACCCACCAGGGAGUAAUGGUUCCUCCUACCCGUAAUAGGACGCUCCCUGACCUGAAAAACAUUGGUCAUUUCACCUGCCAACAAGCUGGCUUAGGGCUGCUUCCUGUGGAGGAAAUGAAAGGCCCGUUUGGCAGAUCUGUUAGCACUGGCAGACUCACAGACCUCUUAUUAAAAGCCGCGUUCGGGACACAGGCACCCGAAAUUGGCAGCAAUGACAGCCUCAAUACAGAGAAACCUAUGGAAAUAGCAGCUCCCUUAAUUGGUUUUGGCGGUACUCUGCAUUGUGGGACACAAGCUGGGGGCUCUAUCAGCCCAUCUCCAGUGGUCUUCACGGUUGGUUCUCCUCCUGAUGGCUCAACACCUCCCCAAACCACACGGACACGGCUGUUUUCAGUGGGAUCGUCCAGCUCCCAGAGUCCUGUAUGUUCAUUCACUGGUAGACAUCUUAUGGUUGGAGCUGGUGGGGAAGCUUUUGAAGCUCCAUCAAGUCUCAGGUGUGCCUUCCCUGACCAAGCUACCAAUGUUGAAGGAGUGGUGAUGUUUGAAGUUCCAGAGUUACCCGAAGAGACUCUGAUGGAGCAGGAGCACACCGACACGCUGCGCAGCCUGAGGUUCACGCUGGCCUUCGCCCAGUCUGUCAUCGAGAUUGCAAUUCUCAAAGGGAGCUCAGUGGAUGUAAAUGCUUCAGUGACUUCAGAAUACCAGAUGCAAGAGAGUGUUGUUGCUGAUCAAAUCAGUCUGCUGAGCCGAGAAUGGAGUUACGCAGAACAGCUGGUACUCUACCUCAAGGCGGCAGAACUUCUUUCCUCUGGUUUACAGACUGCCAUGGAGCAAGUCAAGUCAGGCAAAUUGUGCCUCUCCUCCACAGUAAAACAGGUUGUGAAGAAGCUAAAUGAGCUGUACAAAUCCAGCGUGUCUUCAUGCCACUGCCUGAACUUACAGCUCCAGAAGUUCUUUGCUGACAAGCAAAAGCUGAUGGAUCGAAUCAACAGCAUCACUGCAGAGAGACUGAUCUUUAGCUAUGCUGUCCAGAUGGUGCAGUCAGCAGCCUUGGAUGAGAUGUUUCACCACCGAGAGGACUGUAUUCAUCGAUACCAUAAAGCUCUGCUUCUUAUGGAUGGAUUGCUAAAUUACAUGACCGAGCAAGCUGACGUAGACAACAUCACCAAGUGCAAACUUUGCAUUGAGCGCAGACUGUACGCACUACAGAAUAGCAUUUGUGCGUAAGUCCAGCUGCUCUUCAGACUCCAGCCCUUGUUCUGGCUUU